UUUGGGUUUUCUUGUGGCGUGGUCCCCGUGCGCACCCAUGAUUGGCUGUUAACUUUGUCGUGGCGGAAGCUGGUACCUUGGAUAGCGACGCUCGGGAGUCAUUUCACCCCAACAACUGACGCGCCAUGCCUCGCUAUACGAUUCACAUUAGAGACGAGUGGUUAACGGUUCCCUGUCGGGACUCCACAUACACCAUCCAAUGGCUGGGGCACGAGGCGCUCAAGCGGUACACCAAGAACAAGCCCGACAACGGGGGCAUCAAAAAGGCUGUGACAGACAUUAAGUUCUUCGCGAGGAGGUGCCAAGGACAGGGGCUGUUGGAUGAAGAUGACACCAUCGAGGAUGUCCUCGAAGACAACGACUUUGUCGAAAUUGCCAUCGAAGGGGAUGCCAUGUCUUCAGACUUCAUUCCAUACCAGCCUGGAGUUUCACAGUUAACAGCUGCAUACAGAGAAUCUGAGAAUUACCUUUUCUUAGACGGCAACAGUUUGACUUCAACGGAUCUGGUCAAUUUAGGAAAGGGUCUGUACAAGAUCAAGCUGAGUCCUGAGGCAGAAAACGGGGUGGUUAAAUCCAGAGAGCUCCUGGACACCAUUGUCAAGGAAAACAAAGUUGUCUAUGGAAUCACCACAGGGUUCGGCAAAUUCGCCCGGACCGUCAUUCCUGUCCACAAGCUCAAAGAGCUACAGGAGAAUCUGGUGCGAUCUCACUCUGCAGGUGUCGGCAGCCCACUGACUCCAGAGAGGACUAGGAUGUUGCUGGCUCUGAGAAUAAAUGUCCUGGCUAAAGGAUACAGUGGAAUCUCCCUGGAAACCCUGCAUAGAAUGAUUGAGGCCUUCAAUGCAUCCUGCCUGUCGUUUGUCCCUGAGAAAGGAACAGUUGGUGCCAGUGGAGACCUGGCACCCCUCUCUCACCUGGCUCUUGGUCUAAUGGGUGAAGGCAAGAUGUGGUCGCCUAAAAGUGGAUGGGCUGAUGCCAAAUAUGUACUUGAGGCUCAUGGACUUAAGCCAAUAUCUCUGAAGCCCAAGGAGGGUCUGGCUCUGAUCAAUGGGACCCAGAUGAUCACGUCCCUUGGGGCAGAGGCUGUGGAGAGGGCCUUGGCCAUCGCCAGGCAGGCGGACAUCAUUGCUGCUAUCACUUUGGAGGUGCUCAAAGGGACCUCCAAGGCCUUCGACAGCGAAAUCCACGCGCUGCGGCCCCAUUCUGGACAGAUAGAGGUGGCCAGGAGAUUCCGCUCCCUCCUGCACUCUGACCACCACCCCUCAGAGAUUGCAGAGAGCCAUCGUUUCUGCGACAGAGUCCAGGAUGCCUAUACCAUGCGCUGCUGUCCCCAGGUGCACGGUAUUGUUAACGACACAAUAGACUUUGCCAAGAAAAUUAUCAACACAGAGAUCAACAGUGCGACCGACAACCCAAUGGUGUUUGCAAAGAGAGGUGAGACCAUCUCUGGGGGGAACUUCCACGGAGAGUACCCUGCUAAGGCCCUGGACUUCUUGGCCAUAGGUGUCCAUGAGCUGGCGGCCAUCAGUGAGAGGAGAAUUGAGCGUCUGUGUAACCCGUCUCUGAGUGAGCUGCCAGCCUUCCUAGUCAACGAGGGAGGGCUCAACUCCGGCUUCAUGAUAGCACACUGUACAGCUGCGUCCUUGGUUUCAGAGAACAAGGUGCUGUGCCACCCAUCUUCAGUGGACUCCCUGUCCACCAGCGCGGCCACGGAGGACCAUGUCUCCAUGGGGGGCUGGGCAGCCAGGAAAGCACUGAGGGUGGUGGAACAUGUGGAACAAGUUCUCGCUAUUGAGCUGAUAGCUGCCUGCCAGGGCAUUGAGUUUCUCCGUCCCCUGCGUACCACAACACCGCUGGAGAAGGUCUAUGACCUUGUACGUAGCGUAGUCAAGCCAUGGAUCAAGGAUAGGUUUAUGUCUCCAGAUAUUGAGGCAGUCCAUCGUCUUCUUCUAGACCAGAAGGUAUGGCACGUGGCUCAGCCAUACAUUGAAAGGUAUAACAUGGAGUUCCUUCCUGAGUCACGCCCAAGCUCUCCUACUGCUUUCUCAUUGGAUCCUCCUGCAUCGCCACGGAAACGUGUCCGCCUUGAGUGAAAGCAUCUUCGUCAUCAUCGUCGUCAUCAUUGUCAAUG